ACUAAAAUACACUUAAUACGCCACUCACUGAAUUCUCAAUAUGUUUAAAACCGCUUUAAUGUGUAUCUGUUUGAUUUAUUAUCGUUAAAUACUAACGGAGGUUAAAAAUAUAUCAUUAUUUUUAAACGUGCAUAAACAAAUAAUGCAUCUCAGGUAUUUACGUAAAACCAAGCUAUUUGAAAAUCGAUUUAAUACAUUUAGGGCUAUCUAUCGCUCUUUCAAAGUACACGCUACAUUGACUAUAAUAUAUUCGUCUCGUAUGGGAGACGCAAAAUGGUCGACAAGUGAUGACGCUCUUCCACUCUCGUUCCAUUAGCUCAAAGCACGCAUAUUACAUCUAGCCCUAUAUCAAUGAUAUCUAUGUACUAUAUGACUACGUGCGUAAACAUUUCCGGUCACAGAACACAAUUGAAGAACGACGUUUUUGAUAUAAAGUCACUCAAAUGAAUUUAACCUUUAAAACAAUUCCUCCCAAAAAGAAAAUAAUAUAUAUUUUUGCUCAGAUACUGUGUAAUUCAAAUGAAACACGUCCUUCAAGUUUAAAUGGAAAACUGGGCCGGAACUACAUAUGUUUUGACAAGUUUCGCAACGUCACAAUAUACUAAACACCAUUAAAUACAAUCAUUUUUUAAAUGCGAAAAUACACUUGAGUUUCAAGUAAGUCUAUAUUGUCGACUGCACCACUGUACUCUAAAACGGUUCACGCUGUGCUUCAAGGGAAUCUCACAAAUAGCACGUUAAUGAAGUACGUGUUUCAUAACUUGCUUUGUAUGAUCUACAACCUUGAUACAUUUUGAAAGAUAAGACAGGUCUGCGUGUGUAGCAAUAAUGUCAGAAUCGGGGCACAGCCAGCCUGGCAUGUAUGGACCAGGACGUAGGAGAAGGCGACGCCGUGGCGAUCGGGACAUUGGACCUCCUGGCCAGAACCUGUCCGGACCCAGUCGGGAUCGAGAAUACCAGCCGCGUGAACGAAGGGAUGGAAGCGAAGAACCACCAGGCCCUCUCAUUCAGAAAACUCCGAUCAUUCUGGCGAAGCCCCCUGGGGAGAGGGCCAAGCCAUCACAGAAUACGCCCAUCAGUGGAGCACCAGUUCUUGACAAGCCAAUAAUGCUCAUGAAAGCUCGGGACGAUGCAGUCAAGCCUGCGACUCCUCCAGAGGCAGCACAUCAGCCUUCUGGUCCUGGGCCUUCUAAAGUGGAGAGGGAAGGCCAACGGCCCACGCAGCCUGUCUAUCAGAUUCAGAACCGAGCAAUGAGUGCUUCCGCGACAAGCAGCGCUGUGGAUCCCUUGGUUGGUCAGUCCAAACUCAUCCCCCCAGAGAAGAUGAAACACAGCAUCAAGCUUGUAGAUGAGCAGAUGAACUGGUGUGACAGUGCCAUGGAGUACCUGCGAGACCAAACAGAUAUGCUGGUGGUGGGAGUCAUUGGACUGCAGGGAACUGGGAAAUCAACUGUCAUGUCUCUGUUAUCAGCCAACACUCCCGAAGAAGACCAAAGGGGUUACGUAUUCAGAGCCCAGACGCAAGAGAUUAAGGAACGAGGUGGAAAUCAGAGCUCAGGAAUUGACUUCUUCAUCACGCAGGAGAGGAUCAUCUUCUUGGACACCCAGCCAAUGCUGAGCCCGUCUAUUCUGGACCACUUUAUCAACAACGAUCGCAAACUGCCCCCAGAAUACAACCUGCCUUACACAUAUGUGGAAAUGCAGUCCCUUCAGAUUGCUGCCUUCCUGUUUACUGUGUGCCAUGUGGUCAUUGUGGUUCAAGACUGGUUCACUGACUUAAACCUCUACAGGUUUCUUCAAACGGCCGAGAUGCUGAAACCUUCCACUCCGUCUGCAAGCCACGAUAGCACAGGCUCUUCUGGCAGUGACGACGGUGCAGAGUACUAUCCGCAUAUUGUGUUCCUACAGAAUAAGAGCAGACGUGAAGACUUCUGCCCCAGGAAUCUGAAGGACAUGCAUAUGGUAGUGGACAAAUUAAUGGCCCACUCUCACCUUAAAUACAAAGGUUCACUGUCCAUGCUAGACUGCAAUAUCUUUCCUGGUCUGGGCCAGAACUAUAUGACCACUGAAGUCAACAUGUUCCUGCUCCCUAUGCAGGAAAAUGACAGCGAGGAGAAUCUGGCAAAAACAGGGUCUACUCUGACCUAUCCCCUUUUCUCCUUGCUCCCUGGAUACAAGGGACAUCCCUCCUUCUCCAUUAUGGUCUCAAAGCUGCGCAGCCAAAUACUUGCCAUGCCCCGUUGUCAGCUGUCGCACACCAUCCUGACUGAGAAGAACUGGUUUCACUAUGCCGCUCGAAUUUGGGAUGGUGUGAAAAAAUCCUCCGCCCUCUCCGAAUACAGCCGCUUGCUCGGCUAGAAUCAUACAAAAGCGUGGAUGCAUUUCCAGAACGUCCCUUAAAUGGGCUCCAUAGGUAUGAAAACUUUGCAGGCCGUGAGGAAAAAAGGGAUGGGUGCCCUGUCUGGCAAAGGAUGAUGGGAGCGUGGACUGUUUGGAGUGCCAUGUCAGAUUACCUCCUGCACUCUACCUACUUUCGCUGGAAAAUCGGUGUACUUCAACAGUGAGAACUUUACACUGCACCGCACGAGAUGGGAAAGAGAAAAAAGCUGUUGUUCAGACAUGAUGAAAUGACCGUUAUUGAUCUGUGGAAUGGCGGGACUGUUCCAGAGACGGAGCAAAACUAAAGUGAUAGCAAAAGAAAAGUGUGUAAUGUACUUUUUUUUUUUUUUUUAAUUUAAUAUAUAAUUCAACUCGGCAACUCUAAUUUAUAAAGUAAACACAACUGCAACAAAGUGCACAGCAUAAGAGCAAACACACAAUAACAAAAAGAAUAUUAAAUGAACACUUAUUUCUUAUUAAAAUAUACAAAAAGUGCUCUCUUCACAUUGACAAAUAGGAAAUAGUGCUUUUUUCCCUGUUUCACUUUCUGCAGUAUAAAACCUCAAAAAAACAGUUACUGUGAAAUGAUAAAGCCAUUAAAGAAACCACGGUGGCUCUGAAACUACCGUAAUUUUUGGACUAUAACUCUCUACUUUUUACCCUCAUUUUUAAUCCUGUGGCUUCUAGUCCAGGGCUUAUUUGUUGAUUUUUUGGGGGGUUAGUAGGUAACACUUUAUUUGACAGCGGCGUCAUAAAGCUGCCAUAACAUGACACUAUCAUGGGCAUUAAUGAAUGAAUGAGUGUCACCUGUAAAAUUAUGUCACUAACUCCAAUUAUGUCCAGCUCAGAUCUUCUAUUCAAAAGUGGGAUAAUUUGCCGGAUGACACAAAAUGACAUCCGUCAUAAGCAUUCAUUAAUUCUCAUGGCAGUGUCAUGUCAUAAUUAUGACGGAAUUAAGGUACCUCAGUCGAAUAAAGUGUUACCAAAUACCAUAACCAGCAAUUAAUGAAACAACUGGAACAGUAACUGAAGAAAUAAUUAGCACAGAACAUGAAUUUUGAUUGUUCUGUAGUGCCGCAAUGCAUGCUAGGAGGCAUGUUGGACGACAACAGUGUUGGCAGCAGGUGGAGCAGCGAUGGCCAAAUGAAGCUUCUUGAAGCAAUGAAGCAGCAUCGUAAGACUCAUAAGCCCAAAUGAACCACCAUGAAGCUUUGAACCGAUUGGCUGCAAAGCUUCAUGGUGCUUCAUUUGGUAUUAUGGCAGUCCUACGAUGCUGCUGUCUAAAGUAUUACUGGUUAAUAUCCCAUAAUACUGUGAGGACAGCUGCGGGUUAUAGUCCAGUGCGGCUUUACUAAGAACAAAUGCAAUUUUUGUGUCAAAUUUGAUGGGUGCGGCUUAUAGUCCAAAAAUUACGGUAAAUGCUGUAUUUCUUUGUCUUUGUAUUGUUCAGUGUGCCAGCUCCAAAAAUAUACCCACAAAAAUUUGAAUCGAACCAAACAAUUGCCUUUUGCAAGGUUAACCUUCAAUUUGGAGACGCGUCCUCUGCCACAGACUUUUUCUGUACAAGGUGUUGAACUGAACAGAUCUCAUUACAAACCAUAUUGCUAAAAUCUUUAUGGGAUUGAUUGAAACAGUUCAUGCUUCAGUAUUGAACUCAUUAGAUUUCCGAACAGUAAGCACAUUUCUGUUAAGGAGAAGCUAAGCUAUGCCUUGAAGGUUUUUUUUCUUGUUUUUAAAUACUUUUCAAAUGUGAUUUAAUCUUAAAUGUAGUAAAAUCUCUUUUAAUUCAUUUUUUUGUGUUCAGUGUAUUCAAAUCUAACAGAAUUACAAAUACAUACUGUACAUAUUAGUUAUAAGACAUAUUUCUUGCCCUUUUUCCCCCAAAGAAUAAUAAUGAUUUAAAAAAAUACUUCCCCCAAUGUCACAAGCAUGUACAUUAAAAAUCAAUAUUCCAAGCCUUUAACAUACAACUGCCAUUUUACAACAUUUUCAUUCCUUAUCUUUGUUUAAGGACGAUCAAGGUAUUCCAGAAUAGGGCUGGCCGAUAUGGCCUUAAACAUGUAUCACGAUAAAUGACGAUAAAUUCGCCCAAGCGGACUGUUAUAUAAUUUGCAAAUCUGAAUGAAUGCAUGAAAUACAGAUUAACUAUUUCUUAUUGAUUUAUUUACCAGCAUUCAAUUUGAUAUACUGUAUUUAACAAUUGUACAUGCAGUCUAAACAUUAAGUUUAUAAAAAUGUAAGCAAUAAGAAUUCAAGUAUGAACAUUUAUAACAGCGUGUAUGACUUGAACAAUGUACAUUGUCAAAAUCAAUAUGCCUGUGCAAACAUAUCAGUAGCCACGUUUACAUGGAGCCAAAUAUUCCAAUUACAAUUGGAAUAUUUGUUCAAACCGAAUAAAUGUGUUCCAUAUAAACACCUCAUUCGGAAUGAACAGGCCCAAACCGAAUGGAAUUUCAUUCCGUUUCACAUGGGUGGAAUAUUCCUUUUCCCAAACCGAUUAGAAGUAAAAUUAUAUCAUGUAAACAGGGAAGCGGAAUGGUGUCUGGUUGCGUUCUUUCUGCGCAUGCUCCGUACUGACGUGGUGACGUCACUUGGUGACGUAAGUAACGUCACUUGCAACAUGGCUUCCAAGCACACGCACAGCGCACCCACACAACUUUUUAAAUGAACGGCGUGUCAUUCUGAAGUUUUGUUUCCACUCGAAAAGUUAAAACAGCAGCUGAUCUGACAAUCGAUCUCCAUGUUUUGCAACGUGACGCUUUGUUUUGAUUAAUCUGCGCAUGUCAGACGGCAGUUGUCAAACGUCCUUUCGGAAUAAAGGCAGUCACAUGUAAACGCUGGAUCGGAAUAGAUGAAGUGACAUGUAAACAGCUGAUGUGAAAUUUCCAUUCGGAAUGAUUUGAAUCGGUAUGAAUAAAAGUCAGCAUGUAAACGUGGCUACUGUAACACAAAUGACUUGCAGCUUGAACAGUACACUUCAAAAAGACAACUUAUUGUUAAUGGCUGCUGUGACAUAAUUAUUAAAUACAAGUGUUUACUUUAUGGUUUAAGGGUUUUUUUCCCCCCCCAGUGCAUUUUUUAAUAAAUGCACGCACAACAAAAAUAGCUGGGGCCAUUUCUCGGUCAUUAUAAGUUUCGCCGUUGGAUUGUACUUUAUGCUGAAUGCUUUACCAUCACAAAAGCUAUCAGAGGAAUCACACACAGACAGAUACAAAAUAAUGCCACAUAGUAAUUGCUAGAUGCAGUCCGUGCCCAAUCCACUCAUUAAGUUCAGCCGUUUCGACAAGGUUAGAGCCGCUAUCCGACUCCAUAACGUUCAUUUGUAGCGUUAGCCGCUAGCUAGCGUUAGCCUGGCUACCAGUAGAAAGCACUGAAAGCACCAUCUCCGGAAAUCGUGAGAACAAAGGAGGACAGCGGGUGAAAGCCCGUCUGGAUGCCACCAAGAGUCUACUAAAUGUCGGUUGAAAGUUUGGUGAACCUCCCUUAAGCCACACUCCAUUACGUUUUGCUUGUAGCGUUAGCUGCUAGCGUUAGCUUACCGGGCUUUUGUUUGAUUGGCUUCCUGAUGAUCACGUGACUCCCUACGUAAGCACAGUCACUGCUUUCUUAAAGGGGAAUGAACAUAGACGAACAACACAGAAUCAAAGCGGGAUGAAAAGACUAUAUUUUCUUGUUUUAUUAAUUUACCGAAUUUAACGACAUGGUCAAAAUUACGUCGGUCAUCGUUAAGAAUUUCGGUGACGGUAAAUUUUCGGUUUACCGCCCUGCUCUAUUCCAGAAAGACCCCCCACACCUGAUGAAAUUUUUGUUCAGUGCCGCUGUUCAAAUCAGAUUGUUUUAAAUUUGAGAUGGAAUAACACGUCUUUGAUUCAGUGUGAUAUUGUCAGUGGGGCUGCCUCCUUCCAUUUAAGAGGGCGAGCUAACAAUGUUGAGAAGGCAAUCAUUUUAAUUUACAUUUUAAAUGUCACCUCUUUGGGCGAUUUAUUAUUAUUAUUUUUUUAAUUGACUUGAAUAGAACUCACAUGUAAAUAAUCUAAAUUAUUUUGGACUUGAAUUUAACUCACAUGUUAAAAAUCUAAAUGAUUUUGGCCACUAUGAUCUAAAACAUACCAGUGACAGGCAUUCACAUGUCAAAUAUAGGGUUUUCACCAAGUUAGAGAAAAAAAAAAUCUCAUGACAAUCUGCAGGUGGUUGUGUGCCAAUGCAUACCAAAGCAGUGCCAUUCGCU